GAGACCAGUGAGUCAGUCCAGCGUAGAGUCAGCACAGCACAACACAGAACAGGCGCAGCAGCAGCAGAAUUGCUUUUGAAGAAAGAAACCCUUCCUUCCUUCCCCACCCCAACCCCACCUGUAAUUUUCACUCCCAGAAGUCCCUUUUCUUCUCGCCAAUUUCUCUUUACUAGGCGGGAGAGGAAACAUCGAAGAAAUGGUGGAGGCGGCGCGGCAGCUGGCACCGGAGGAGGAGAAGCAGGCAAUCAGGGACAUUGCUGUGGCCGCCGAAGCCCAGACAGGAGUCGGGGAUAUUUUCUAUUUAAUCACCCAGAGAUGGUGGCAAGAAUGGCUUGGGUACGUCAAUCAAAAUCAAGGCGGCAAUGUAAAUGAUGGGUCUUCCUCUGAGCAUCAUGAUUCAGUCAACUCGAGUGCAAUAAAGAGGCCAUCUUCCAUUGACAACUCUGAUUUGAUGGAUGAAUCAGUGUCUGAGGAUCCUGCUAUGGGUAUUGAGAUUCAUGAUACCUUAGUAGAAGGGACGGACUAUAUUUUACUUCCUCAAGAAGUCUGGAACCAAUUGUGGUCAUGGUAUGGAGGUGGUCCUGUACUGGCUCGGAAGGUAAUAAAUACUGGUCUUUCACAAACGGAGUUGUCCGUGGAAGUUUAUCCCCUGCGACUCCAUUUGCAUUUGGUACCUAAAGGUGACCAUUCUACCAUAAGAAUUAGCAAAAAGGAAACAAUUGGUCAACUUCAUCAAAGAGUUUGUGAAAUUUUUGAUCUUACAACGAAACAGGUGUCCGUUUGGGAUUACUUCAGUCAUCAAAAACAUGCAUUGAUGAAUGAUAUGGAAAAGACUCUUGAUGAUGCAAAUAUUCAAAUGGAUCAGGAUAUAUUGGUAGAGGUUACUGAUGGUAAGAUUGAAGGUGGUUUUGGUUCCGGCCAGCAGAAUGGAUCUUUACAGAAUGGAAGCCUAGCUGCAGUGCCUGUACACUCAAGUUUCCCAACUUCUGGAGGUCUAACUGUGAGCAAGUAUUCAUCAAGAAAUGGUAGUUCUGAAUCCCAAUUGAAAAACCUAAAUGUAGAAAGGGCAUAUGGAUCAAGUGGUGUCAGCACCAGGGGGUCUUCUAGUGGUCUCACUGGACUGUUGAAUCUUGGGAACACUUGUUUUAUGAACAGUGCAAUACAGUGUCUUGUUCAUACGCCUCAAUUUGCUCGGUAUUUUCGUGACGAUUACCAUCAGGAAAUAAACCUACAGAAUCCCUUCGGCAUGGUUGGUGAGCUUGCUGUAGCAUUUGGUGAGUUACUUAGAAAACUGUGGGCCCCAGGACGUGCUGCAAUUGCCCCCAGGCCAUUCAAGGCAAAACUUGCUCGCUUUGCGCCACAGUUUAGCGGAUGCAGUCAACAUGAUUCGCAGGAACUUCUUGGAUUUCUGUUAGAUGGACUUCAUGAAGAUCUGAAUCGUGUCAAAGAAAAGCCUAAAAUAGUUUGUAGGGAUGCAGAUGGUCGACCUGAUGAAGAAGUUGCAGAUGAGUAUUGGGCAAAUCAUAUUUCUCGAAAUGAUUCAAUCAUCAAUGACGUAUGCCAAGGUCAAUACAAGUCAACUCUCGUCUGUCCAGUAUGCAAUAAAGUUUCAGUUACAUUUGACCCUUUCAUGAUAGUAUCCUUGCCUCUUCAGUCUGCUACCACUCGGAGUAUGAGUGUUACAGUAUUUACCUGUGAUGGAAGUGCCCUACCGGCAACUUACACAGUAGCUGUUCCCAAGCAGGGGCAUUGCAGGGAUUUGAUCCAAGCCCUCAGUAAUGCUUGCUCUCUGCAACUAAAUGAAAAACUUCUGCUUGCAGAGAUAAGAGGCCACUUGAUUUACCGGUUCUUGGAGGAUCCAUUUAUAUCAUUAUCUUCUAUAAGAGAUGAUGAUCAUCUUGCUGCCUACAAGAUCCCAAAAGUGCUGAAAAACACAAAGUUCCUCCAGUUGAUACAUCGACGCGAGGAAUCGAGUACUGGCACUUCUCAGAGCACACUUGGAUGGAAGCCUUAUGGAACCCCUCUUGUUUCACCAAUCUCCUGUGAUGAGGCCAUUACUAGAAGUGAUAUUCAGAAGAUAGUUCGGACUAUGUUAUCUCCCUUGUUAAGAGCUAAACCUUCAGGUGCCGCAGCAAGUAGCAAUACAUCUAUGGCAGCAUCCCCAAAUCAAUCUGAUACAGAUUCUAAUGCUGCUGAUUCAACCAAAGGAGACAGCAACAGUUCUAAACUGUUGUCCUUGGAUAAACUUCCAUUGCAGUUAGUUGAUGAGAACAAUGCUUGCAUCGAUUUGAUGGUGGGUGACGAUAAGGUGGUUAAGCUGUCCUCAUCUUCAAUGUCUAUACUUGUAUUUGUUGACUGGUCUCAGAAGCUUUUGGGGAGUUAUGAUACCAGCCAUAUUGAAAGUUUACCAGAGGUUUGUAAAUAUGGUCGUGUAAACAAGAAAGCUCGCAGCGAACCUCUCUCAUUGUAUACUUGCUUGGAAUCAUUUCUGCGUGAGGAACCAUUGGUACCUGAAGACAUGUGGAACUGUCCUCAAUGCAAUGAGAAGCGCCAGGCAAGCAAGAAGUUGGAUCUGUGGCGGCUUCCCGAAGUUCUCAUCAUCCAUCUAAAAAGAUUCUCUUACAGUAGAUCAAUGAAGCAUAAGCUAGACACAUUUGUUAAUUUUCCCAUUCAUGACUUUGAUUUGACAAAUUAUGUCUCGAACAAGAACAACAGCCGGCGUCAGGUCUAUGAACUAUAUGCCUUGACGAAUCAUUAUGGUGGCAUGGGAAGUGGGCACUAUACGGCACAUAUUAAGCUUCUGGAUGAAAACAAAUGGUACAACUUUGAUGAUAGUCACAUAUCACCCAUCAAUGAAGAUGAAGUGAAGUCGGCUGCUGCAUAUGUGCUAUUCUACAAAAGGAUAAAUAGCGACAGAUCUUCUGCAAGUAAUGGAAUCUACUCUGCCAUCGGAAGCCAAAACCUUUCCUCCAACACCUAGCAAGUAUAGAUUCAUGCCAAUGUCUGUACCAUUACUGUUCUAAAUAUUUAGGUAAAUUAUACAGUCCAUAGGAAACCAUGAUGUCGGACUCAUAGUAAGUUAGCAAAGGCAAUGGAAGAGCUGAAAAUGAA